UAUACUCACAGUUUAUCUGUGACUUUUGAGUGCAUCACACGUUUCUUUAGGCCGUACAAUGUUGAAUAUCGAGACUGUAUUUACAAAUCCUAUAUUAAAAAGGAGUAAUAAUUUGUUAAGAGUGAGACUAUGGUUUUAUACAUUUGCGUAUAUACAUUUGGUUUCGGUAGCGUCGUGGUUAUUGACUAUUGAUUUUAGUAAAUUCGAUGAUCCUAGUAUACGACAAUACCAAAGUACGAGAUGGAAACUUAUAACAGCCUGGUUUAAUCUUUUCAGCCUGGUGUAUUUCCCGACAUGCUUUUACUGCGACUGGCGCGAGCUAAGAGGCGACGUCCGGAGGCGGCACGUCAAAUUUUUAAAUCAAUUUCGAAAUUUGUGCUUCAGCAGUAUACUAUUUCCGACGACUGCGUUCGGUGACAUCUUGUUUUGGCGAGUGUGGAACAAAGAUCGGGAGUUAAUAGCUCCUCCCAAUAUAGACGACAUAGUCCCGUUCUGGAGCCAACAUUGUAUGCACACAGUGUCACUGGUUGUGAUGCUUUUGGAUCUGGUACUGGUCCCCAGGGAGAGACCUAAAAGUGUUGUACCCGGCAUCAUUAUUCUCUCUACGUUUCUCGGUUCCUACACAUUCGUAUGUGUCCAAAGCUACAUGCAAGGCGAAUACAUUUACCCAGGAUUAAAACUGUUUACCGGUCACAAAUUUUUCGUCCUUGUCACUUACGUGUUCAUAGAAAACUUUUUCUAUUACUUUAGCCAGUGGUUAAUAAUAGAUAUGGUAUGGGGACAAACUCAAAAAAACAUGUGUAAACAACGCAUACUUAUGUUAGGAUAUUUAAUGGUGAAUGGUGGUUUGCAAUUUUGACAUAAUGUGUGUGAAUUAUGUAUUAUUUAUUGAAUAAACCCGCCAUGAUGGUUGUAAGGUAAAGGUACUGAUUCGGACGGAGCGACUCAGUGCGAAAUGAGAAUAUCGAGGUAACUCCAAUAAGAUUAAAUUUUGUACAAUCCGAAA